AUGGCGAGAGGCCCCGGUGGCGGCAGUCCCGCCGGCCCCGGUCUCCCCGGACGCCAGGUGCAGCAACGGCCCCCACCAAACAACCAGGCGCCACCCCCGGCCGCGCGCGGCGGCUACGAUGCGUACAGUCAACAGCCUUCGUACAAUCAACGGCCCCCGGCCCCGUCCGGGGGACUCGAGAAACCCCCGCGUGGCGGCCCGGCUCCGUACCCUAACCCCCGCCAGUACCAGCCGCAGCAGGCCAGCCAGAUGCGAUUGGAACAAAUCGAGAUACCGAAGGACACACAGCAGAACAAGUACAUUUUCGGGAAUAUCUGCGGCGUGUCACCCAACGACUUCCCUUCUGGUUCCGACAUCUACCUCCUCAUCAAAGGCGAUUAUAAGCAAAAACGAUGCGUCGUCAAGGCUCGCCCCACGCCCAGCCAUCCUCCUGGAACUAUCAGUCUAUCAGACGUUCAGCGAACGUGGGCCGACGUUGGGAAGACGGAAAACAUCACCGCUGAGCUCUACGACCCCUAUGCCCAAGGCGGCGCAGCAUACGCCGGUUCUCUCGACGUCGAAAUGGGGUUUGCGAGGCCGAGGCAGACAACGGACGUUCCCUUUGAUCAAGACCAGCUUACCGCUGCGUUUACGGACAACUUUGAGAACCACGUCUUAGCCCCGGGCCAGAGGCUGCUCUUCGACUUCCAGAACAUACCGUUUUACGUCGAUGUGAAAACCAUAACCUUGGUUGACCUCACGAUGCAGUCACCCCAAAACCUUGAACCUCCAGUUAGCAGCAACCCGGAGGACCGCGGCGUUGUAACCACCCAAACCACUAUGGUUUUCUACAGUAACCCCAAAGCUCCCGUCAAAUUCAAGGCCUCCAAAAGCCGCCCAGCCGCCAACGCCAUCAUCACCCCGGAUUUCAAGUUCGAAAGCAUGGGCAUCGGUGGUCUGGACAGCGAAUUCUCCACCAUCUUCCGCCGCGCUUUCGCCUCGCGUAUCUUCCCUCCCCAGCUCGUUGAGAAACUCGGCAUCAUGCACGUCAAGGGUAUGCUGCUGUACGGCCCACCAGGGACAGGCAAGACGCUCAUUGCUCGUCAGAUCGGCAAAAUGCUGAACGCUAGGGAGCCCAAGGUUAUCAACGGCCCAGAGGUGCUCAACAAGUAUGUCGGUCAGAGCGAGGAGAACAUCCGUAAGCUGUUUGCCGACGCCGAGAAGGAGUACAAAGAAAAGGGUGACGAGUCAGGCCUCCACAUCAUCAUCUUUGACGAGUUGGAUGCCGUCUGCAAGCAAAGAGGCUCGGGGGCCGGCGGUGGCACCGGCGUGGGGGACAGCGUGGUCAACCAGUUGCUCUCAAAACUAGACGGUGUCGACCAACUCAACAACAUUCUUCUCAUCGGAAUGACCAACCGGAAGGACAUGAUUGAUGAUGCCCUCCUGCGUCCCGGUCGUCUGGAGGUCCAGAUUGAGAUCUCACUCCCGGAUGAGUUCGGCCGGAACCAGAUUCUCAACAUUCACACGGCCAAGAUGAAGGAAAACGAGGUCAUGGGUGACGAUGUUGACAUCGCUGAGCUCGCUGCUCUCACCAAAAACUUUUCCGGCGCCGAGCUGAGCGGUCUCGUCAAGUCCGCCACCUCCUUCGCCUUCUCGCGCAACAUCAAAGCCGGCACCACCGCCAGCGUGAGCGAGGACGUAGUCAACAUGAAGGUGACCCACCAAGACUUCCUCAACGCGCUGAACGAGGUCAAGGCGGCCUUUGGUGCCGAUGAGUCGGAGCUUCAAGACACCUUCCCAUUCGGUAUCGUCAGCUACUCGAACGACAUGGUCAAGAUCCUGGACGCCGGCCGUCGGUGCUACGACGGCGUGCGCAAGCAGGAUCAUUUCCGACACACAGCCGUGCUGAUUCAUGGCCCGCCUGGGAGCGGCAAGACCGCUCUGGCCGCUUAUCUUGCCAGCAAAUCGGAUUACCCAUUCAUCAAGAUGGUUAGCCCCGCGACCCUGGUCGGGUUCCGUGACGAGAUGGCCAAGAAAGACCACUUGCAUCGGAUUUUUGCCGACGCUUACAAGUCGCCUUUGAGCUUGCUCAUCCUCGACAACAUCGAGCGCUUAAUCGAAUGGAACCCCGUCGGCCCGCGCCUCUCCAACUCCAUCCUCCAAGCCCUCAUCACCCUCCUCCAAACCCCACCCCCGCACGGCCACCGCCUCCUCAUCCUCGCCACCACCUCCCAAAUGUCCGUCCUCGACCAACUCGACGUCACCGUCGCCUUCCAACAGCAAAUCUACAAACCCCCCGUCCGCAACACGGAGGAACUAGCGUACCUGCUCGAUUACACCAAGGUGUUUGAGCGGGAAGAAGAUGGCGGGAAUGGGAAUGGGAAUGGGGCGCAGGCGAGGAUCAGGUAUGUGGUGGACUCGUUGAGGCAGGCGACGGGGACGGAUUCGGUGGAGAUUGGGGUCAAGACGGUUUUGGCGGCUGCGGAGACGGCGAGGUUUGAUGCGGAGGGGGGGAUUGAUUGGUUUGUGGAACAGUUGGAGGAGAGGAUUCAGAGGCGGUUGGCGGUUGUGGGGUGA